GAAAAGUUUCAGACCAACUCACUGCCUGCCCAAGCAUUUCGUCUUCUCUCUCUGUCGAUCCAUGCAAGGGGAAGCCGUCCGCCGCUAUCAUUGCCCCGGAGUGGUCGCGAAGCAGGAAUCCAGCUGCCGUCUUCCCAAACUGUCUGAAAACUGCCCAAUUUAAUUUCACCUUCAAGCUCAUCGGUUUAAUCCAUCUGAGAAGUUGUGGCUUUCUUAGCUUGAAAGAUGCAGCAUCCCAAUACGACUUCCACAGAUGCCAGGCGAUAACCCCAGUAAACCGGAGUAAAAACCCCAGAUAGAGUCUGCCAGCGGACAGAGAAGCAAAAUGUGGUCCUGAGUUACAUUUUCAUUUCUGCAGAAAGGGCACAUUGAAGGAUAAAUUGCUGAAAAGGAUGCUAAUUGCUCAGGAAAUGAAGCGUGUUGAUAAAGUUGAAGGAACUCAGUAAAGUUCUUGGCAGACCUGGAUGAACCAUUUAGAAAGAUCAUGAGAUCGUCCGCAAAAGCCAAAUGGGAUAUCCGCAUACCCCUUCCCACAUUAAAAGCUUCUAUUCUCCCGGCAUUCACCAGAUUAUUUAUACCUCUAGAAAAGGCUUCCGACAUGAUUAUGAAAAGCAAGGGAGACAAAGGGUCCCCCUGCUUAACUCCCCUAGAUGGCUUGAAAAAACCAUAGGGAACACCAUUGAUAAGGAUAGAAAUAAAAGUAGCUCUAAGGUUUCCCAUAAUUAGAUCCUGAACAUGCUGAGAGAACCCAAAUUUAUCCAAAAAAAAAAAAAAAAAAAAAUAUAUAUAUAUAUAUAUAUAUAUAUUGAGUAUUGAUUGUAUAUAUAACUUGUUUGAGUUAUAACUAUAACAGAAAUCUUAUUUUUAUUGACUCUUUAUGUUCGUUAGGUCAAUAUAAUAAAUCCCCCACUCGUUCAUAUAUAUCUACCCAGCAAAGGUUUUUUCAUACAAUUCGGCACCAUAUAUAUCUACCCAGCAUUUUUUUUUAAAUUAAAGCUUUACUUAGAUUAUGAAAAAUUAUUUUGUUGUCAAUUUUUUGUGAAUAAUUAUGAUUUAAAAGUCAAACAUUUUGAUUUAAAAAUAAAAUAAAUUUGGAGUUUUUUUUUGUUAUUUCGGACCUACUUAAAAAAUAACUGAAAGAUUUAAAUAAAAUGUUUUAAUUAUGAGAUCUUAAUUUUAGCACUUAGACAUAUUUAAGAAAAAUUUUGUGUCUAAAAAUCUCUAUCAGUGGCAAUUCCACAAAUUUUUAACUUUUUAUAUGCAAUAUUGAUGUCAAAUGAAAGAUCAUAAAAAUUAUGAAAUUUGAUACUUUACAGAAAAUUGAUAUUUUAAUUUUGAUUGGACCCCGUUCUUUAAAAAAAAUUGACUGGACCCCGCAGUACUAUUUCUCCUCUGCAAAAAAGGGUUUAAUGCACCGAACCCCCCUAUGAUAUGAAAAUUCGGCACAUUAACCACCGUGAUUUAAAAAAUGCGUCAAACCCCCUUGUGUUUUAAUUAAUUAUGCGGAAAUUCCUUUUAUGAACAAAUUUAAUUGUCAAAUAAAAGAAAAAUGAUCAACAUUUUGUAUGAUUUAGAAAUUUUGACAUAUUUACUGGCAUAUUCAAUUAAAAUAUUAGAAAAAAUGAUUUUCAAAUCGUUAAAUUUAUUCAUAAAAAGGUUCUGUGCAUGAUUAAUUAAAACAUAAGGGCGUUUGAUGCAUUUUUCAAAUCAAAUAGGUUAAUGCACUAUCAAAUACUACCUCCGUUUCAAAAUAAACCUCACAGUCAACCUUUUGUGGUCUCCUAGACAGACGUUUGACCGUAAUUUCCUAUUAAUAUAUGCAUAUAAAAUCUAUAAUAAAUUGACAUUUGAAAAAUACAUAUUACAAUGAAGCACAUUAUAUAAUUUUUUUGGGAUAAAAUAUUAUUAAUUUUGAGUAAUAAGCGGUCAAAGUUUAACAAGUUUGACCCAAAAAGUUUGACUGUGGGUUUAUUUUGAAAUGGAGGUAGGAGUACACAUCAUUAAUGCAAUGAAUUUCUAAAUUGGGUUUGGUGCCCUGCAAAAAGUAAAAAAACACGUUUGAAGUACUUUGAACAAAACCCUUUCAAAAAAAAAAAAGUACUUUGAACAAAAUAGAACCCAUUUGAACACUUCACUUUAAACACAUAAGUCAAUCUCCUAUGGAGUACUCGUAUUUUUUUGGUUUCGUCGAUAUUUGCGCUAGUUAAAGUUGUCAGAGGGGCGUCAGAAAAUUGGAUAGAGACAUAGAGUGACCGCAAAUAGUCAAAAAACUGUUUUGAAGAAUUAAGAGUAUGUAGGAUUAAUAUAAAAUCUCUAGCACUAAAAUGGAAUUAAUUCAAAAAACCUUUGAAUCUCCUCCAAUGUUCGAUUUAUUUGAGUCCGUAUUUUUAGUUGAAAAAAACUAGUUGUACACAUGUUUUUGUUUGUGAAGUGUUAACUGGCUAUUCAUGGACGAAAAAAUAGCUCUUCACCUGCGUGUGUAAGAUGAUGUAUACAAAAAGUGUACAAAACAAAUUCGGCAAAAUUCAUAAGAAUAAAUCAUACUAUCAAGUACUCCUUAUUUUACAAUUAUAAUCUUUAUUGAGAGUAUUCAUAAAAAAUAGUCCGGACUAUCAAAUAUGACAACAAGAAUAAAUUCAAGUGAAUUCAAACGCUUUUGAGUAUUUCAAUUGAGUAAAAAAACGUAUUUCAAUUUUUUUACUGUACUUUCUCUUUUUCUCGUUUAAAUGAGUAUUUUUUUUUGUUAAAUGUCAACGCCUUUGACUGGGAUGAGUUUUGCACUUGUGAUCUUCUUCUUGUGAGUGUCACAGUGCCAUCUAACCACAAGUCUAUUACUCCGUAUGAUAGAGCUUUUUUCGAAUAUUUCUUUAAAUCUAUUAUAGUAUCUGAUGUUAAUGUCGAUAUAAGGAAUAAUGUCAUUGGAGGCUCAAACACGUAAGUUGGGACUUCCACCUUUGAAAUAUGAGGAGUAAUGCCAUCGGAAUUUGAGAUAUGAGGAGUAAGGUACUUAAAAGUAAUCGCACUUGAAAGGAGAUUUUAAAAGUAAAGGUUAUAAAAUUUCCCCAACCUAUCAGUCAGUCUACAAAGGAGUUGUACCGCACAGUAAUUGCAAGAAACCAGAAUGGAGGAGGGGUUGCCGUUGUUGAAGGUGGGAGAAGAGGGUGGUCGGACAGGGUUGGGGUCUGUUUGGGCAGAGGUGAAGAGGCUAGGGUACUUGGCAGGUCCAAUGGCGGCUGUGACUUUUUCUCAGUAUCUAUUCACCAUCAUACCUGUUAUGAUCGUUGGGCAUUUGGGUGAGCUUUUUCUCUCCAGCACCUCCAUAGCUAUAUCUAUUGCUGGUGUUACUGGCUUCAGUUUUCUUUUAGGAAUGGCAUGUGCUCUAGAAACACUUAGUGGGCAGGCAUAUGGAGCCAAACAGUACCAUAAACUUGGAAGACAAACGUACACUGCCAUUUUCUGCCUUUUUAUUGUAUCCAUCCCCCUUGCGAUCUUGUGGACUCAAAUGGGGAAAGUGCUAGUCUUCAUAGGCCAAGAUCCUCUUAUUGCAGAAGAAGCCGCAAGGUUCUUAAAGUGGCUCAUUCCAGCCUUGUUCGCUUAUUCGACCUUACAUCCUCUCAUACGAUUUUUUCAGGUGCAAAGUAUGAUCUUUCCCAUGCUCAUGAGCUCAUUCAUAACAUUGUGCUUCCACGUGGCUCUAUGUUGGUUGCUGGUUUUCAAGUCUGGUUUGAGUAAUCUUGGGGCUGCUAUCGCUAUUAGUGUGUCACUGUGGGUGAAUGUGGUGAUCCUUUCUUUAUACAUGGGGUUCUCCCCUGCUUGUGACGAAACUCGUUCGACUGUUUCAUGGGAAAUCUUUCAUGGAGUGAAGGAGUUUUUCGGAUAUGCCAUUCCGUCAGCCAUCAUGAUCUGUCUUGAGUGGUGGUCAUUGGAGCUACUUGUGCUGCUGUCUGGUCUACUGCCAAAUCCACAACUAGAAACUUCAGUUUUAUCUGUAUGCCUGAACACUGUCAGCACAAUUUUUGCAAUUCCAUAUGGGCUUUCCGGUGCUGUAAGCACUAGAGUAUCUAAUGAGUUAGGAGCGGGAAACCCACAGGGUGCUCGUUUGGCUUUCUUGUGUGUGAUGCUCAUUUCUGUGUCAGUGGGUGUUAUCGUAAGCGCAACCCUCUUUGCUUGUCAGAACGUAUUUGGCUAUGUUUUUAGCAAUGAGAAGGAAGUGGUGUACUAUGUUGCAGAUAUUGCCCCUCUCCUCUGUCUCUCAGUCAUACUUGAUAGCCUUCAAGGGACCCUUUCAGGUGUUGCUAGAGGAUGUGGGUUGCAGCAUAUAGGAGCUUUAGUCAACCUAGCUUCAUUCUAUCUAUUUGGAAUUCCAAUUGCUGCAUCACUGGCUUUCUGGUUUCACGUGAGAGGAAAGGGUCUUUGGGUUGGAAUCAUGUGUGGUAGCGCUAUGCAAACGGUUAUGCUAUCAAUAAUAACAAGUUGCACAAAUUGGAACAAACAGGCGGCUAAGGCAAGGGGAAGACUUCUUCAGUAAAAGUAGUAUCUUGAUGAGGCACCCAAGUGGAUGAGAAGUUAAUUAUCUACGAAGUAUUUAGUUUUGAGUUCCAUUUUUUCUUGUCAUUUUCGUUUUUAUCUAAUUGAAGACCACUUCUACUGUUCUACAUGUACAAUGCCCCCCAUGAAGGAGCAAGCAAUUCUCUUGUCUCAAUUUGAUCAUUCCCCCUACUAAUAUAUGAUGUUUAACAAUGAAUCUUUUCAA